AUGGAUGGAGUCGCUGCUUCUGGUCCUGGGGAAGGAGGAGACAUAGGCAAUAAUGGCGAUGGUUCUGGGGCAGAGGGUGAAGAUGAUGGGCCAGUAGAUGGGGUUGGGCUCUCUGGGCUUGUUGGAACGGAUGUAGGAGGGCUCGCCGGCGCUGUAACCGGAGUGGAUGCUGCGGGAGGUGUAGAAACUGUUGGUGGGGUGGCUGUGGGGGAGGUUGGAGGAUUCGCAAUGCUUGGUGAUGGGCUGGCUGUCGAGGUUGGAGGAGUUGAAACGCUUGGUGGGUUGGCUGUGGUCGUUGGCGGCGGAGUAGCGGUUGUCAUUGGUGGUGAGGCGGUGGAGGCUGUGGGUGCAGAUAAUGGAGCUUGA